AUGGCAUCAAAAAUAGAAAUACAGGACGCGGACAAGUGCAUGAUUGAUCACCCCUGGACUCCUGCGUCAACAGAGGACAUGUUGGAAACAAAAAUAGAAACAUCUAAGAUGGAGAUGGAGUGGAUUUCAGAUUGGCUUCAAGAUCAAGAUCAUAUUAAAAAAUGCGAGGAGACUUCAAUCUUCAACCUCGACAAGGCCCAAAGAAGAUUGUUUAAAAGUGCCGUCAAUGGUAAUUGGGAUGAUGUCCUUGUUCAAUGUAAAGGACAAAAUUGGGCCUUCGAUGUCAAGGUCACAAAGUCAGAUGACACAGUAUUCCACCUAGCAGCCUACAAUAGACGUGAAGAUAUUUUUGAAGGACUUCUAGAAUUAUUACCAUGGGGAACCGGUCAUGAACACAUCGCAAUGAGUGCUUUAGAAAAGGCAAACAUGGAAGGAAAUACCCCUCUCCACAUUGCAGCAACAGUGGGGAGUGAGAAGAUGUGUCGCAGCAUAGUUAAAAGAUCACGGUCAAGAGCAUUACUAAGUGUUCUUAACAAUGAAGGUGAGACCCCUUUCUUCUCAGCAGCUCUUCAUGGUCACAAAGACGCUUUUCUAUACUUGGCUUCUAUCUGCAACCGGGUAGAAGGCUACUUUUACAGUCAAAGGAACGAUGGUGACACUAUACUCCACCGUGCCAUCUCUGCAGAACACUAUGAAUUGUCCAUUAUAAUACUUAACAAGUAUGAACAUCUUGUAAACGUUGUCAACAAGGAUGGCAAUACCCCUCUCCAUCUCCUGGCACAUAAACCGUCCGCCUUCAAAAGUGGCAGCGAUCUUUGCUGGUAUGAAAAGAUCAUCUAUCACUCAUUUUUAACAAUGGACGACGUAGAGAAGGUAAUUAAGGACGCAGAUAGAGUGGACCUUGAAAGAGAACAGGCUAACCAUGGAGUAUUUUCUUCGAUAUGCUACAAGAAAAGAAAACGCCCAAGGAGGGAAGCUGAUACAGAGAACCCUCAGGAAGGAGACUUAUCACGCCAAGGAGAUCGAGGGCCUCGAUUAGCAGUUCCACCUAAUUACAAAACCUGCUGUUCGCCUGUAGGACUUGUCUCCAAGGCAGUGCUAACUAUAUUUGGAUCGGAUAUGGCACGGAAGGUAUGGGAGAAGAAGGUGAGGCAUACGUGGUCCAUUCUAAUCAUGAACAAACUACUGCAUCACACUUCAAUGUAUCAGCUUCCAGCUUCACAAGAGCAGGAAAAGAAAAAGGAGUUCCUUUUUCAGUCAAAUGCGAAAAGUAAUGCAACACCCAUACUGAUUGCAGCAAAGAAUGGAAUUUCCGAAAUGGUUAAGAAAGCCCUUAAACGUGAUCCCAUGGCCAUGUAUGACGUGGAUGAGAAAAAGAAGAACAUUGUGCUAUUGUCAGUGGAGCAUAAGCAACCUCAUGUGUAUGAGCUUCUACUCUCACUCGAGAAGAAGAAUAUUAUAAAAAAAAGCAUAUUCUAUGAAGUGGAUGAUGAAGGGAAUAGUGCAUUGCAUCUUGCUGCGAUGAAAGCAGAAUUUGAUUGGCCAGUUCCAGGAGCCGCAUCCCAAAUGCAGUGGGAAAUCAGAUGGUAUGAGUACAUACAGAAAUCCAUGCCAAGAAGGUUCCUCUUUCUCUGCAACAAAAAAGACCAAAUCCCAGAGGUGGUCUUCACCGAAAACCACGUGAGUGUUGUUAAAGAGGGCCGGGAUUGGCUAAGCAGCACAUCGGAUGCAUGCUCAGUCGUAGCAGGUCUCUUCGUCUCGAUAACCUUUUCCACGGCAAUCUCCGUGCCCGAUGAUGUCAGAGAUAACAAACACGUUAAGGCAUCCAAAAUUUUCGCUGCCUCAUCCUUUGUCUCCUUCUACACUUCACUCAUAGCAGUGGUCAUGUUCCUUUCAAUUCUCACAUCUGGGUGUAAAGAAAGAGAUUUUCGCCGUGCCUUACCAUGGAAGCUUUUGUUGGGUUUAAUAGCAUUCUAUAUGUCUAUAGCUUCUACCUUGGUAUCUUUCACAACUGGACAUUUCUUCAUCUUCAGGACUCAACUAAACUUUGUGUCUUCCACCUCGUAUAUAGUGACCUACCUGCUGGUAACAAUGUCUUCUAUGGCAGUCUUUCCGCUCUUCUUUCAUUUGAUGUGGGCUACCUUCAAGAAGGUGCCACAACGUAAAUACAGGGUGACUAUUCCUCACUGGCUUUAUUUGGAUGAGUAA